GAGCGCUCAGUCUGUCUUACUGUUUUUACAAGCGCUGUAAAAUGAAUUACAUUUCAUUGAAUGUAACGUUUUAGUGCUUUGUCUAGUGUUAAAGCACGUAUAUAUAUUUUUUGUGAGUAAAGCGCAUCCACACAUGAGUAACAAAAGGACAGUGUCCAAACACAGAAAAACUCCCGCUGAAGCAACUGAGAUCCACGUGACGCACCAUUAUAAAGAUGGAGUUUAUUAAGGAUGAGACUGAAGAGGAAAGGAUUGUAGAAGUAUUCCGUGUGAAACAAGAAGAUACUGAGGAACAAAUAAAGAUUGUGUUUAUUAAAGAGGAGAGCGAAGACACGAGUAAUGAAGAAGCUUUCGGAGUCCAACAUGAAGAUAUUGAGACACAAACAGAGAUGGUGUUCAUUAAAGAGGAGAGCGACGACAUGAGUGAUGAAGAAACAUUCAGAGUCCAACAAGAAGAUACUGAGACACAAACAGAACUGAAUCAGCUAAAAGAGACGAGUCACGAACUGGAGGCAAUGGAAGUGAAUAAUCCACGUCAGAAACAUGAUUUCAUAACUGAAGAAAUAAGUUGCUCAUAUACAAAAAAUAAUUCCCAAAAAAGAGAUCAGAAGGCAGAAGCUAAAAGUCAUUUUACCUGCCAACUGUGUGGAAAAAGUUUUGCUCGAAAAACAAACCUUAAAGUCCACAUAAAAAGACAUACUGGAGAAAAGCCUUUCGCAUGCAAAGAGUGUGAGAAAAGUUUCACACACAAAGCAAGCCUUAACGUUCACAUGAGGAAUCACACUGGGGAAAAGCCUUACACCUGUCAGCAGUGUGGAGAAAGUUUUAAACGUAAAGGAAACCUUAAUUGCCACAUGAAAAUUCAUUCUGGUGAGAGCCCUGACAACUGCCAACAGCAUGGAAAGAGCUUCGAUCAACAAGGAAAGCUUAAAGUAAACAUGACAUUUCACACUGGAGAAAAGCAUUUCAUCUGCCAACAGUGUGGAAAGAGUUUUGAUCAACAAGGAAACCUUAAAGUCCACAUGAGAGUUCACACUGGAGAAAAGCCUUAUACCUGCCAACAGUGUGGAAAAAGUUUUACUCAAAAAGGAACAUUUAAUGUUCACAUGAGAAUUCACACUGGAAAGAGCUCUUUCGCCUGCGGUCUGUGUGGGAGGAACUUCACACGAAAGAACAAUGUUAAAACUCACAUGAGAAUUCACACUGGAGAGAAACCUUACACUUGUAAACAGUGUGGAAAGAGUUUUACACAUAAAGGACACAUUAAUACCCACAUGAGAGUCCACACUACAGAGAAGCCAUUUACAUGCGAUCAGUGUGGAAAGAGUUUCAAAUGUAAAAUACACCUUAAUAAUCACAUGGGGAUUCACACUAGAGAGGACUUUUACAUGCCAUUAUUGUGAAAGGAGUUUCACAGAAAAAAAACAUCUUAAGAAUCAUGUAAACAUUCUCAUAGCAGAGAAUGUGCCAUCAUUGUGGACAGUUACACAAACAUUGGAAAACUUAUGGAUAGGUAAUU